GAUUCAUUAGCCGAAUUCGAAUUUUAAUAUAAAUGCUUCAUAAAGCUGAUAUUUGAACAAUUUUAGUUAGGGUUAUCCUAUAGAUAAGUACCCACUAUUUCUCAUUACUGUUUUAAUUUUUUACGUUUUAAGGUUUAUGUUUUUAAAAUUGAAAUUGACAUCUUUCACGAGUAUAAUAUCUAUUCAUUUAUUUCAUAAUUUAUAUAUAACUAAUAGUAGUUUCUUCUUCUAUCUGAUAUAGACGUUGUUUGAUGAAAUGGGUAGUAGGAAAGUUUAAGUUUAAAAAUAUCUGUUCUAGAUCCAUCUUCUCAUAAAUAGAAUGUUUUUCGAUUGUAUCCAGUUACUUGUGUCUUACUUCAGUCUAGUUUAAUCUGAAUCUUAUUUUUGGAUUUAUUUUAUCAUGAGUGCAAAGGAUUUAAUCAGUGAUAAGUCAAAUGAGAAACAAUCUACUGAGUUAAAAGAUGAAGGUAAUCUUGCUUUUAAAAAUAAUGAUUUAGACCAUGCUUUGGACUGUUACUUAUCUGCUCUCAAAUUAACAUCCGAUUUUUCAAAUGAGAGGUCCGUUCUUUUAAAAAAUUGUGCAGCUGUCCAUUUAAAACAAUCUAAUUACAGCAGAGCUGUUGAAGAUUGUGAUAAAUCUCUCGAAAUUGUACCGGAUGAUCCCAAAGCAUUGUAUAGAAGAUGCCAAGCUCUUGAGAAUCUAGGAAGAUUUGAAGAGGCUUAUAGAGAUGCCAAGCUCAUUUUUAAAUUAGAUCCCAGCAAUAAGAUUAUACAGCCUAUUUUGUCUCGUUUACACGCUAUUGUGGAGCAGCGUGCUCAUGAAAAUACCCGAACAGAAAAUAAAGUUCAACAAAUGUUUCGAUAUGCUUUCAAUUUGGAAGAAGAUAAAGAGAAACGUAUCAAAGCGAUAACCAACUUUGUCCCACUUUGUAAGGAAGGAAAAGGAAGUGAACUUUUAAUUGAAGCUGGAGUUGUUAAUAAGAUUUCACAAUUGCUUAAAGUGGAAAAGAAUCAUGAAAUCAUUUUGGGUUGCAUCAGGACCAUUAGUCAGCUUUGUUUUAAUAGUGCAAAAAAUACUAAAAAAGUAAUAGAAGUUCUAGGUAUUCCUUGGUUCUUGGAUAUUUUGAAUAGUAAUAAUGAAGAGCAAGUGUAUGCCGCUCAAUAUACUAUUCAAGAAGUAUUAAAUAGCCUUGCAGGAAUUGAAAAAAAGAAAGAGAAAAGUGAGGAGAAGCCUAACCCAAAAUUGUUAGAAGAAAAUAAAGCAGAAAUAGAUACUUUGUUGACUUGCUUGUUGUAUGGUUGUACCAGUAGGUCAGUAAGUGGUUUAGCUCGUGAUGCUAUUAUUCAGCUUAUUUCAAGAAACGUUCAUUACCAAUACAUUAAUUGGGCUGAGCAACUUGUUAAAAUCAAGGGUCUUCAACGUCUGAUGGAAGUUGCUAGUGAACUUAAGGAGUAUAAAUAUGAAUCUUCUAUGGAAAUAACUGAUUCUACCAGAAAAUUUACCUCUAUAUGUUUAGCUCGAAUUUAUGAGAAUAUGUACUAUGAUGAAUUAAGAACGAAAUAUAUGGAAAAUAUUGAUGACUUCAUAAAAGGUAAAUUAAUUACCCCAGAAUUAGAAUCGAAAAUACGUGUUGUUGUUGCUAUAACCACAUUGUUAUUAGGACCUAUGGAAAUUGGUAACAACAUACUCUCAAGAGAAGGUAUGAUGGAAAUGGUUCUUGUAAUGGCCAAUAGUGAUGAUAUUUUGCAACAAAAAGUUGCUUGUGAAUGUAUAAUUGCUGUCGCUUCUAAGAAAGAGAAAGUUAAAACAAUUGUUAGUCAAGGGGCUGAUAUUUUGAAAAAACUUUAUCAAUCCAAAGAUCUCGGUAUCAGAGUUCGUGCUUUGGUUGGUUUAUGUAAAUUAGGAAGUUCAGGGGGUACUGAUGCCUCUAUAAGACCUUUUGCUGAUGGCGCUACUACAAGGCUAGCAGAAGCAUGUAUAAAAUUCCUUGUAAGUAAGUCUAAAGAUCAAGAAACACGUCGUUGGGCUGCUGAAGGCUUAUCUUACCUCACUCUAGAUGCUGAUGUUAAAGAAAAACUUGUCAAUGAAAAACCCGCCAUUAGAGCACUUUUUGACCUAGCUAAAUCAGGAAAUGAAGCAGCUGUUUAUGGUGUUGUUACUACCUUAGUUAACAUUGUUAAUGCUUAUGACAAACAAGAGGUACUGCCUGAACUUGUUGAGCUAGCAAAGUUUGCUAAACAUCAUAUUCCCCAAGAACAUGAACUUGACGAUCCUGAUUUUGUUGCUCAACGUUGUAUAGUUAUUGUUAAGGAAGGAGCAGUAAGUGCUUUAGUUUCAUUAGCAAAAACAGAAUCUGACAGUUCUAAAGAAAUGAUUGCUAGAGUGUUUAACACCUUAGCUUCCCAAGUAGAUUUAAGAGGAAUAAUGGUGCAACAAGGUGCAGUGAAGACCCUUUUAAAAAUGACUUAUGCUGGAACUGAAAAAGGUAUUAGAAGUGCUUCUCAAGCUCUUGCUCGACUUGGAAUCACAAUGGAUCCAGCUGUUGCUUUUCCUGGUCAGAGAUGUAUGGAGGUUGUUCGCCCAUUACUAGCAUUGCUACAUCCAGAAUGUAAUGCUUUGGAAAACUUAGAAGCACUUCUUGCUCUUUGUAAUUUAGCUUUUAUGAAUGAAUCUGUUCGUACUCUUAUUAUAAAGGAAGGUGGUAUCCCAAAAAUUGAGGGAAUGAUGUAUGAAGAUCAUGAAAUGUUACGUCGAGCUGCAACACAGGUAAUGACUAAUAUGGUUAUUUCACCCAAAGUUGUUGAAUUGUUUGAAGGCAACAAUGACAAAAUAAAGUUCAUGGUGUUGCUGUGUGGAGAAGAAGAUGAAGAAACCAUGAAAGCUGCUUCUGGAGCAUUAGCAAUGUUGACCUCUGCCAGUAAAAAAUGUUGUAAGAAAAUAUUCGAUGUUGAAUCUUGGCUGGAGAUGUUUCAUAUGAUUCUAGGUCAUCCAAAUGUAGAUAUUCAGCAACGUGCUGUGGUUAUUGUUAAUAAUAUUAUCUCCGUUAGCAAAGAACUGGCAGAGAAAAUAAUUGAGACAGACAUAAUGGAGAUUUUAAUGGCUUUUACUCUUAUUGAUGAUGAAGAGAAACAGAAAGUAAGAGAAAUUGCACAAGAAGCACUUGACGCAGCAAAGCAUUGGAAAGUGAUAAAAAGUCGUGAUGAGGCUGUCGAUGAUGAUGAUGAUGAUUGAAAUGUCAAUCGCAAAUGAUUCUAAUUAACAAUAAAUUAGAAUCUAAUUAACAAUAAAGCAUUAACAAUAAGAUCAAUAUACCGAUUAGAUAUUAUUUUAAGCAAUAAUUAUUACAUAACAUUAUUUUUGUACGAUCUUUGUAUUAUAGUAAAUUAUUUUUUAAAGAUGUAUUAUAUUUGUAAAUAUUAUAUUAUCUUGAUGUGUAUAUAGAUAUUUUUUUUUAAAUUUCAAUUAUUUAUUUAUCUUUAUGUUAAUUGUUGAUGUAGAACUUACACUCAUCCUUUACAAAUUAUAUUUAUUUUAUUAUUUUACUUUUUAUUAUUAUAUAAUAAAAUUUUAUUAUUUAUUGUUAUAAAUACUAUAAAAUCAUAUUAAUAUAAGUUUUCCAUAACCUCAA